CUGCAGGUUGAGAUUCUAGCUAAGGCCAUCUUGCCGCACAGCCAUGGCACCCACACUUGCUACUGCCCAUCGCCGCCGCUGGUGGAUGGCAUCUACAGCCAUCGUUGAGAACCUACUCUUCUCUGCUGUCCUGCUGGGCUGGGGGUCCCUCCUCAUCAUGCUGAAAGCAGAAGGGUUUUAUUCCUACCUGUGCUCUGAGUCAGAAAAUGCCACCAGCAGCCCUGAAUACGAGAACAGCACAGCUUCAGAGCACAGGUGGCCUUCCUGCAACGCCCAGGAUGAAAUGCUGAACUUGGCCUUCACCAUUGGGUCCUUCCUGCUCAGUGCAAUCACGCUGCCCCUGGGAAUUGUCAUGGAUAAGUAUGGCCCUCGCAAGCUGCGACUACUUGGCAGUGCCUGCUUUGCUGUGUCCUGUGUGCUGAUCGCAUAUGGUGCCAGUAACCCAGACUCUUUAUCUGUGUUGAUAUUCAUCGCGCUGGCUCUGAAUGGCUUUGGUGGGAUGUGCAUGACCUUCACAUCGCUUACACUGCCCAACAUGUUUGGUGACCUUCGUUCCACGUUCAUUGCUCUGAUGAUUGGCUCCUAUGCUUCCUCUGCUGUGACUUUUCCAGGAAUCAAGGUUAUAUAUGACUUCGGGGUCUCCUUCAUCCUUAUCCUGCUUGUCUGGGCAAGCUGUGCAGGACUAGUUUUCCUCAACUGUUUCUUCAACUGGCCACUGGAACCCUUCCCAGGACCGGAAGACAUGGACUAUUCGGUGAAAAUAAAGUUCAGCUGGCUGGGAUUUGACCACAAAAUCACUGGGAAACAGUUUUACAAGCAAGUAACAACUGUAGGGCGCCGUCUCAGUGUGGGGAGCUCCAUGAAGGGCCCCAAGGAGCCGACGGCCUUGCAAGAGAACAACAAGCUCUGUCUGUCUACGGUGGACCUGGAAGUGAAGUGCCAGCCUGACAGCGCAGCUUCUCCCUCCUUCAUGAAGAGUGUCUUCAGUCCAAUCUUGUUGCUCAGCCUUAUCACCAUGUGUGUCACUCAGCUGCGGCUCAUCUUCUACAUGGGAGCUAUGAAUACCAUCCUUGAGUUUCUGUCUGGAGAUGAAGAUCAAGUGGCUCUCUACACUUCCAUUUUUGGGGUAUUGCAGCUGCUGUGCUUGCUGACAGCACCUGUGAUUGGGUACAUCAUGGACUGGCGAAUGAAAGAAUGCGAUGAUGGCUCAGAAGAGAAUGAGGAGAGCAACGCUGAGCAAAGUGACAAGAAAAAGAAAAAGCGUGAUCGUCAGAUCCAGAAAAUCACCAAUGCCACCAAUGCCUUUGCAUUCACAAAUGUCCUGCUGGUUGGAUUUGGAAUCACCUGUCUUAUUCCUAAUCUACCAUUGCAGAUUCUUUCCUUCAUUUUGCACACAAUUGUGAGAGGAUUCAUCCACUCUGCUGUGGGAGGCCUCUAUGCGGCUGUAUACCCCUCUACUCAGUUUGGCAGCUUGACAGGGUUGCAGUCCUUGAUCAGUGCCCUCUUCGCCCUUCUGCAGCAGCCUCUUUUCAUGGCAUUGACGGGACCUUUGGAAGGAGACCCUCUCUGGGUGAAUGUUGGUUUGCUUGCUGUGAGCUUCCUGGGUUUCUGCCUUCCAAUCUACCUGGUCUGCUACAGACGUAGGCUAGAGAGAGAGAAAAAACAGAAGAUGGAUGAUGCCAAACUUUUCUUCAAAAUCAAUGGCACUUCCAAUGAGGAAGCCUUUGUUUAAAGUGGUGCUUCAGAUUUACCCUCCCCUGUACAGGUUCCUACCACAUCCGUGGGUUCUACCUGUGGUGUAAGCCAGGUUUUUCUCUCCUGGCUCUGCCAGUCUUUGCUCAUCACUGGAGUGAGGGCUGGACAUCGUGACUGAACUUUCCUCAGAUACACGGCAGGAGGAGACAUCCCACUCCUUACUCUCCACAACACAGGACACUUUUCCUUUUUAUAAAGGCCACGCAGACAUUGUGUCUUAAUUAUCCCCUGAUCACACUCUCUGGCAGCAGAGUCUCUGCAAUAGGAAAUUGGGGAAAGAAGGGAUAGAGGGAUGGGG